GGCAGGAGGAGCAGCCGGAUAGUGACUCCAGAGUUCCCGGCUGUCGCCAGGCCUCCGGGAGCGGCGCCGACUCUCCCGCGGUCCGGACGCCGGACCCUGCGCCAGAGCCGCAGCCACCUGCUCCGAGUCCCCGGGCAAGCACAACCAUGCGCCCCACUCUGGCGCUCUCCGCGCUGCUGUUGCUGCAGCUGCUGUUACUGUCGACUCCAUCUCUCUCCCAGGAUAAUGGAAAUAAGACUGACACAUCUGAUAUAACUAGCAUUGACCAGAACCAAGACAAACCAGCGACAAACCAGCCAAGCAAUGCUACACCUAAAAGCUCAGUCCAACCUCCAACACCGACAUCUAUUUCAACCUCCUCCCCAGACCCCAAGGCCACUCAAAGCAGUAACAGUUCAGUUACAACUACCAGUGACUCCACCACUGACAGGACAAGCUCUUCCACUAGCACUGUCCCCACUACUAGCAACAGUGGGCAGACAGUCUCCUCUGGAGGCAAGAGCAGUGACAAAAUUACCACAGCCCUACCAACCACUUUGGGACCAGUCAACGCCUCUUCUCAACCUACUGACCUGAAUACCUCGACAAAGCUUCCUUCUACCCCCACAACAAAUAGCACAGCAAGCCCUCACCAGCCUGUGAGCCACUCUGAGGGACAGCACACCACUGUUCAGAGCAGCUCUGCUUCUGUGUCCAGCUCUGACAACACUACGCUGUUGUGGAUACUUACUACAUCCAAACCGACAGGCACCUCUGAAGGCACUCAGCCCAUCGCUAUCUCGACGCCAGGCAUCACCACACCGGUCUCCACACCACUACAGCCUACGGGGUCUCCAGGGGGAACUGAGUCGGUGCCUACGACCGAAGAAUUCACACACUCCACUUCUAGUUGGACUCCAGUGGUCUCUCAAGGCCCGAGCACACCCUCUUCCACCUGGACGUCUGGGAGUUACAAGCUAAAAUGUGAUCCUGCCAUAAAGCCCCACGAGGAACUCCUCAUUCUGAACCUCACAAGAGACAGCUUUUGUAAGGGGAGCCCUCCAAAUGAAAGAUUCUUGGAACUGCUGUGUCACUCAGCCAAAGCCUCCUUCAAGCCAGCUGAGGAUUCGUGUGCUCUGGAGCUGGCCCCCAUUCUAGACAACCAGGCGGUGGCAGUGAAGAGAAUCGUUAUUGAGACGAAGCUUUCUCCUAAGGCUGUGUUUGAACUGCUGAAGGACAAAUGGGACGACCUGACAGAGGCUGGAGUCAUCGACAUUCAUCUGGGGAAGGAAGGACCUCCAGAAGUCAACGAGGACCGCUUCAGCCUUCCUCUCAUCAUCACCAUCGUCUGCAUGGCAUCCUUCCUGCUCCUCGUUGCUGCCCUCUACGGCUGCUGUCACCAGCGGAUCUCCCAGAGGAAGGACCAACAACGACUCACAGAGGAGCUGCAGACAGUAGAGAAUGGUUACCAUGACAACCCAACCUUGGAAGUGAUGGAGACUCCUUCUGAGAUGCAGGAGAAGAAGGUGGUCAACCUCAACGGGGAGCUGGGAGACAGUUGGAUCGUCCCUCUGGACAACUUGACCAAGGAGGACCUAGAUGAGGAGGAAGAUACACACCUCUGAUCAGUCCGCCAGCCACUCCGACCGCACCGCAGAGCUCUCGACCACCCAAAGUGCCAUUUGGACGGGGGCGGGGAGGGGAGGGGACUUCCCACCUGAAGACAGAAAGAUUGGGGAGGGAGAAUGGACACCGAGGGUUGUCUCCCUCCUCCCCAUCCCCACAAGGCCUUAAUUUUCCCUUUCAAGUUCAACGAAGUCACAUUCUGUCCAGUUUCCUCAUGUAAAAAAACCUACUUGUGCCUGAGCCCAGAGCCGCUGGAAGGCAGGAAGGUGGAGAACACCAUGCGAGAGGCUCUGGCGCUCCUCCAGGAAUGGCACCCACCCAUCUCAUAAGUAAGAUGACCAAGGCCUUAAGAGGUCAGGUAACCUGCACAGGGCCACACGGCCAUUUGGUGACAAGGGUGGUUUCCCUCGGUCUGGUGCUUCGUUGCAUCAAGACACACUACUGUGUUCAUUUGUGUCCAUCCCCCAAGGCACAAGACACACGAAAGCGGGCAGGCUAGAAAGAAAACCAAUCCUCUAUGGUCUCAAGGACAGGCCCCAAAUUUCCAUCUCCUCUAACAUGGCCUCUGCCAGCUUGUUGAAUCCCGCUUCCUAUGAGUCAGUCUUUAGUCCCACUCUUUCCCAGGGCAGGGCUUUGAACCUCUUGGGAAGAUUUCCUUGCCUUUGCUUAGCAGGAUUGGGACCUAACACACAGGCCUCACUAUCUAAUGGAGUCUGCCUAAAGGGUGGGUGGGCAGGCAGAGGAAAAGGAAGCUCAGGCUGGGACGCCUUCCUCAUGGCAGCUGAUUCUGUACUGACACUGGCCUAUCAUUCAAGGCACUCCCUAGAAGACACUCCCCCAAAUGUCCUCUGGCCUUCUGCUCCCUCUAGGAACAAAUCUGCAGUAGCUACUGAAAGCAAGAUGUUCCUCUUUUCCUUGUUCACUGCUCAGCUGAGGGGGUGACUCCUCAAAUCCGAGUGUCACAGAGCAGCUGUCUAGGGACAAACAUGUCCUGGGGUUCUGACCGGUCCUUAAUUGGUUCCUGAUUGGCAAAUGUGUCUCAGUAGACAAUCGAUCUAACCUACCUGGCAUUAUUCCACAGGAAGCUCAGGGGCUUUUCAAGUUACCGAGAACUUGGGUGGUUGUGUUAUGGUGUGUGUUGUGUGUGUGUGCGUGUGUUGUGUGCAUGUGUGUUUGUUUAAUUCAGCUCCUAACUGCCAAAGGCCAAAGCUCAGAUCCUGGAGACUGUUAGCUCAUUUCAUUGGUUUGCACCCUCCUUUGCCAUGGAGAAAGGCCCAGAACAUGCAGUUUUAAGAUUCUUUUACCCAUUCUCCUAGCACGGAGCCAGGUUUUUGUUUCCGGUGUUCUUUGUAGCACCCCAGUUGUACCAUUUCUGGUGGCCUCUCAGGGAAACAAAACCAUGCCUAGGACCCAGCACAGGAGUUUUACAGGCUCAGCAGAGUCAAGCAGCCAUGUACAAGACUGUCGAGGGCCCGGCAUAGCGAUGUUUCAUCUGGUUUUCUGAGAAAGGGGUGGGGGACCCUGUGUGGAGCUUUGAAUUAGGCCUAUGGUCUGGAUUGUUCUUGGGCAUAAAUCCCCAUGACUGACUGUCUGGUUUGAAGCAGCUUAUUUAGAAGGGGAGCUAGGGGACAGACAGGUGUUCUCUGCCUAAUCCCAUUGUUAUAGCUGUCACACUGAGAUAGGCUAAGGAGAAAGGCUGCCAGAAGUCAAGAAAGGCUCUCAGUGAGUUUCACAGGAGUUGAAAAAAAAAACGCUAACAAGAACUCACAAACCCCUUGGCCUGCAUCUCUCAGAUUUGCAGGGGAGGGUGGGGAGCAGUGCCAAUUUGGGGGGAAAUUAGGUUUAUUUGCUCCCGGCAUUAGGUUCUGUCCUGAGAGGCAGCCAGCAUUCCUUCUCCUUUGCUACAAUCAAUGGGUAAGGCCAUGACAGACAGCACAUGCGCUCUCUGCAAACUGGUCAGAUUAUAACCCUACAGCCUGUCAGAUAUGGCUGUAACAUUAGACAACAGAUACUGUGUCUAAGCUGUUGGAAUAGCCUUGGCUCUGCCCAGGGUAAGCCCAUAGAAACUCUGCCCAGGCUGGCCCAGUGUCCCUUCCUGUGCACUCAAAUUGUGUAGCAUUUCAGUACAGCUUGAGAAUCUGGCCUUCACUUGCUCUUAACCACUGGGACAUCUGUUACACAAGACAUGCUGCUAGUGUCUAUAAAAGUUAUCUUCCUGUGUUUAUUACUGGGUUUUUAGAGCUGUCUGUGAGUUCAGAAUCUCAGGCCCAGUCUGAGAGAAGGAAGCGGAGGGGACCUUUAGAACCAGCUGUACCAAAGAGAAAUCAGAACUUCACAUUUCAGGGGCAAAAUGGCUUCCCCCAGCUGCAAAACCCAAGGGCCUGAUGGUUGGCUGAACAAAGCCAGCCGCUCUUGUGCUGCCUGCCGUGUGAAUGGCGAGGGAAGCAGCUGAGCACAGGGCACAGAGCAGUCUGCCUGGCCGAGCAGGAUCCAGACUCAUUUAGGACACUCACGCUCUCUAUCUUCCUGAUAGAGAGAACCAGCAGGUGUUUUACUGUUUUAUUGGUUUUUGUUGUUUUGGUUUUUUGGGGGUUUUUUUUUUUUUGUGUUUUUUUGCCUACUUUUUGGACAACACACUGGUGAAACUUUGAAGAAUAAGUUGAAGUUGACAAGACCUAUGCACGUUUUUGACAAUGUAAAUACAAGAGCCACAUGUUUAUUUUACCCUGUACUGCUUCCAGAGGGUAAACUUUGGGAAAGACUUGAUAGCUAAGCUUCCCACCCCCCAUUUUCUGAAUAAGAAUGUAAAUGUCUAUUUAGUAGAAAUGACUUUUUUAAAGAACUGAAGAAUAUAACAAGACAGGCUGGUAACACGAGAAUUUGCCUUGUAGAUAGGGGAUUUAAAAUUUUAAAAUACUGUCCUUGCUCCUCCCCAGCCAAGUCUCCAUCCUGCUGCAGUUCGGGCUGGAGUUUAGCAUGGUCUGUGAUGGUCACGGGGGAAGUUUAGGAGAUACAGUCUUUCUACAGGAAAACACAUCUGAAGCCACAAAGAAUCUCCCGAGGGCCAGAGACAAGAUGAAAACAUGCAUCCCAGACUGCCUGCUCUGUGCUGCAUGUUUCUCAAGAACAGGGAAUUAAGGACUACAGCUCCCAGGUACAAGGUUAAUACAGGAUACCAUCAGUCCUUCCUCAUAAUAACCCUGGAAGGGCUAGGAGGACACAAGGGACACAAACAGCCAUGUGCUGGGCUCUGGAAUCACAUGGUCCAGAUAUCAAUAAAUAUUUUGGGGGCUUGGUUUUUUUUUUCCUGUCAGGAAAUAAUUUUGAAAAGUUCCUGAGGAAUGUCCAGUAGAAUGAGGAUCAAAGGGACUAGCAUAGAUGAAGGUAGAGAGGGAGAAGCUCUGUAGUGCAGCCUGUGUCACUGUCAGUCAUGAUCCUUCCCUCUCAGGUCUGCGGAAAAUCCACCACUGAGCUGGGAUCACUGUUUCAUGGGGCUUUUCUGCUUCUUUGUGAAUGCCAACCAGCUUGCCCAGGAGAUUGGGGGAGUGUAUGUGGUAGUGGACAGGGGUCUAAAGUACACUGGAAUUUAUCGAGAGACUAUAGUUAACUAUUGCAUUUUCUUAUAAAGUAUAUUUUGGAAAAUCGUACACCGUCAAUUAAAAUGCUUUUGUGUAA